GAGGGAGGAAUUAGUUAGAACUUGUGUUUUCACUCGCCAUGGCGUCUCCUCAGAGUCAUGCAGAAAACUUGUUGAAGAUGGAGGGCGGCGCCGCGGAGCAUAUGGACAGUAUUCAGAAGCUACCAGAGAAAUUUCAGUGUCUUUCUACAGAGGAUGUAACCGAGAGAAAAGCGCUGCGGUCCAGGAUAGAUGAACAGUCAAGUCUGAUCUGCAUACUGAAACAGAGAGCAGAUGAGACGCUUCUCCGAUGUCAAGCCCUGCAGAAAAUCAAUACCGAGCUCGAGGAGCAAGUAACACACUGCCAGAAAGAACUGGACGGUGCAAGAAAGGAAACAGAGAAAAUAGAGAAAAGCUUUAGGAUUUUAGCUGCCAACAAUCAAGGAAUUAUUGAGUUCAUGGAGGAACACAAAAAGGAGAACGCCCAGUUGAAGCUGGAAAAUGAACAGCUGCAGAAAGAAAACCAGUCACUUUUCUCCCAAAAGUUACACGACAAAGAAGUGUUGGUUCAAAAACUAAUGCGAGAAAUCCAACUGCUGACGGAGAAAUACACAAAGACGGAAAAGGAAUAUCGGGAGAAAUUAGCUGGAUGCGAGUCAAAACUCCUGGAACAAGAAACUCAGCAUAAGGCCAAGGAAAGAUCAUUGCUCGAUCAGCUGCAUGAUGCUCACCAGCAGAACAGAGAUGGUGUAGAGAUAUGCAGAGACCUGAAGCGGAAGCAGCACGAGGCUGAAGAACAGCUUGCUUUGAUGGAAACCAACAUGAGAGAAAGCGUAACAAACCUCACUGAGGAGAAGGACAAACUACUGUGCCUUUCUAUGGAAAGAGGGAAAGUCAUACAGGAGAAACAAGGAGAAAUCCAGCAGCUGGAGACGAGAUGGAAAGAAGAGAAAACAGCCCGGCUCAAAGCACAGAAGCGGUUUGAACUGGAAGCAGAAGCGGUUAACGCAGAUGUAAGAGUGACGUCUCUCCAGUCGGCUCUUGAUGAAUCCACGACAAAGUUCGAGAAGCUCAACAGGGACUUUGAUGCCUUCAAGGAACACAGCACCAACCUCCUGACACAGGAAAGGGAGUUAAAUAAGAAACUUCGCCAUUUUUUAGGCUAAACUUUAGUUCUUAGCAAUGUGACU